UAGCGGCGCUUUUUAUGAUACGCGGUUAAUAUCCAGAGCGAAAAAUUAUGGAGAAAGUAUGGGGAAAUGUAAAUAAAUAGAAAAUAGAAUAUCUCUUACCACUAACUAAUGAUCUAUCCUACUUUCAAGUUUAGGAAGUUAAAAUGGCGAAUAAUACUGAAAUAGAUGAGUUGGCUCACGCGAUUGCUGGUGCUGGUGGAGGUGCGUUGUCAAUGAUAGUUACCUAUCCAUUAGUCACAAUAUCUACAUUAGCUCAGACAAAGCAAAAGAGACAAGAGCAAAGAUUAAAGGAUAAGGCAGCUGGAAAACCAGUUAACGAAGACGAUAAUUAUGACACUAAUAUCAUUAAGUUCGUGCAAAAAAAUGGAAUCCUUAAAUUGUAUUCUGGAUUAGAAAGUGCUCUUUAUGGGAUAACUUUAACAAACUUCAUUUAUUAUUAUUUUUAUGAAUGGAGUACUAAAUUUUUUAUCAGCCGUCGUCCCAAACAUUCUCAACAACGUGGUUUAACUACAAUACAAUCAAUAAUAGUUGGUGCUAUUGCUGGUAUUUUCACAUGCAUAGGUUCCAAUCCUUUCUGGGUUGCCAAUACCAGAAUGAUGACAGACAAAAGCAAUGAAAGCAAGUCAACUUUAGCAACAUUAUUACACAUUGUGGAAACCGAUGGAGUUGGAACUUUAUUUGCUGGUGUAUUUCCAGCAUUGGUUUUAGUGAUUAAUCCUAUUAUACAAUAUACCAUAUUUGAACAAAUCAAGAAUGUUUUGAUCAAGCGUGGGAAUAAGUUCACGGCAGGAAAUGCCUUUUUCAUCGGUGCUUUUGGUAAAUUGAUUGCUACAUCAUUAACAUAUCCUUACAUUACCUUGAAAGCAAGAAUGCACCUUAAAAGAAAGGAUGAAAAAGAAAAACAAGAGAUUGAAGGAAAGAAAGAAGAAUCCAUGGUUCAGCAGAUCUUAACUAUAGUUAGAGAAGAGGGAAUUGAAGGUUUAUAUGGAGGCCUUACUAUCAAGUUAAUACAAUCUAUUACUACGGCUGCCUUUUUAUUUUACUUCAAAGAGGAAUUACUUAGUGGUAGUGUAAGACUUGUAGAGAUAUUCAAGUUGUUAAAGUUAAAAAAUAAUGGCAAGAAAUGAAAGAAGAAAUAAUAAAAAAUGUUUAGAAUACACUAGAUGCAUGUAUAGUUAGAAUAAUGUAAUCAAAAACAAAUCUCUCAG